AUGUCUGGAAAUCCGAUACCAAACCUACUUUCCCUUCGCGGAGCGAGAGGUGGCCGAGUCGGUCGCGGGCGCGGAAGAGGUCCCGGCGGCGGCCCCUCAUCCUCGGGCCCGACUCACGAUCAGACGAUUCAGGGAACUGACGAUGACGCUGCCGGCUCGCGUUUGAGUGCUGUCAAUGUGGGAUAUCUCGCCGACCCCUACGCACACUUCUUUGUCGAUAACAUCAAUGGUCCCCCUCCGAGGAGACUCCCAAUCAUCAAUCGAGGCACUUAUACAAGGACCGUUGCUCUCGACAACCUCAUUGACAGCUUCUUGGACGAGGCAAACAAUGCGCAACCCGAGACAUCUACAACGAAGCAAGUUGUAUCUUUGUUUGAGCAAAAGGUUCCUAAUCUCGCCAUUGUGGUGUACGAACCAAUCAGGCCUGACGACCCUUUCGGCAAGAUGAUGACUUCCAACCUCGCAGCAAGGAGAAUCCGCAUGCCUACUCUGGAGAAUUAUAAGCUGCCGCAGGAUCAGACGCAGCGUCUGCGCGAUGCAGGCUUCGAGCACGCCAAGGCGCUGACCGUGGAACGGAUUUGGGAAAGCUGGGUGCCAAGUGAGGAAAAGGAGAGAGUGGACCGUUUAGAGGGCCUUGACGAGGUGGAGGAGUGGAAGCUGUUGGCUGACCACUACGUUAUCGCAUGGGGAUGGAGAGGCACCGGAUUUACGAUGGGAAAUGCCGACGGGGAGUUGUGA